CAGAUAGGGAACAUCCGCCAGCAGGUCAUCCUUUCAGGGUGUAGCUAUCCGUACCUCCCUAUUAUCUCCAGCUCUGGCGAAGGCGUAGUGCGCUUUGUUUUAUCUCUUGCUCUGGGGAUAUUUUUUUUUUCUUUUUUAUCCUCUAAAAAAUAGACAAAACAAAAUACUGUUGCUUGCCACGAAGGGACCUUCGUACGGAGGAGUUUCACACGGAUCAGUCCCUCGGACGACCUUCUUCCCGUUUGCCGCUCGGCGUCGGAUCUCCCACAAGAUGUUCUUGUCCAGCCGGGGAUGGAGAAGAGCAGCAGCCACGGCGGUGGCUCUGCUGAGCAGAUCAACAUUUGCUCAGACCUGGUCGGCAUGCAACCCAUUAACAUCAACAAGUUGCCCGGCCGACACGGCACUGGGCAUGACGAUACACGUCGACUUCACCGAGGGGGAGGUCAACUCCUUCGUCCCUAGCGGGGGGGUGCCGACCUACGACGAGGACGGCGUCAGCUUCACGGUCGCCUCUUCCGGCGACGCGCCGCAGCUGACGAGCAUCUUCUACAUCAUGUUCGGCCGCGUCGAGGUGACCAUGAAGGCCGCCCCCGGCGCCGGCAUCGUCAGCUCCCUCGUGCUGCUCUCCGACGCCCUCGACGAGAUCGACAUGGAGUGGCUGGGCGCCGACUCGACCGAGGUCCAGACCAACUACUUCAGCAAGGGCCAGACCACCACCUACAACCGCGGCCAGUUCAACCCGGCCCCGAACAACCAGGCCGAGUUCGUCACCUACACCAUCGACUGGACCGCCGACCGCAUCGCCUGGUACGUCGGCGGCACCCUCGUCCGCACCCUCACCUUCGACGAGGCCAACGGCGAGUACCCGCAGACGCCGAUGCAGGUCAAGUUCGGCGCCUGGUCCGGCGGCGACCCGUCCAACCCGCCCGGCACCAUCGAGUGGGCCCGCGGCCCGACCGACUACUCCCAGGGGCCCUUCUCCAUGGUCGUCCGCUCCGCCGUCGUGACCGACUACUCCACCGGCAAGCGCUACACCUACGGCGACCAGUCGGGCACCUGGCAGUCCAUCCGCUCCGACGGCGGCGAGAUCAACGGCAACCUGGGCGCCGCCGGCACCGUCUCCGUCACCGCCAGCGCCCCCGCCGCCACCGACUCCCUCUCCCCCACCAUCCCGCCCGGCGGCAUCAUCGGCGGCGGCACCGCCACCGCCACCGACGGGAGCACCGGCCCCUCCCGCACCGUCGGCCCCAUCCCGGACGGCUGGGUCAUGACAUCCGAGGGCAAGGUCGUGCCCAUUGGGUCGAGCACUACACUCCCCGGAGCACAACCGUCCUCCUCCCUCUCGCGGGAGCUCUCUGCUUCGCCCUCAACGGCGGGCUCCGGCGGCGGUGAGACCACCACCCUCGCCACGAGCACACUAUCGACCCUUGGCGGCGCGAGGGCGCCGACUGACGCGCCCCCUGAGAGCAGCGCAUCGACCGCGAGACGAGGCGGACUUCUGCUUGGACUCCUCGUCCUCGCCGCGUCCGCGUUGCUUUGCUGGUAGCGGCUGCUGCUACUUUGCCUCUUUUCCUCUGAAACAAUGGGUGGGCUCUUUUUUUUGCCUGUAUUUUUUUCUUCUUUUUUUAGCGUAUCGGGAGCAUAGUUGGAUAGAGACCAGGGUGCAUUUGACGGCGUUGCGGGGCAUUCACGGCAGCAAUACUUCAUUUGACAGUGGGCAUAGAGAGAGCGGAAUUCUCAGGCAACUUGAUAGGGUAGGCAAACUGUUCGAGCUCGGAAAUACUUGUGCGCAGUACUUCAUACCGAUGUACGUCAUCUAGUGGAUGAGCAUUUCGGAUGGCGGUCUUGAUUCAAGACUCCAUAAGCACAAACAACCACAGACGAUCGCAGAGUUAGAUGCAAUGACAGUUCAUCGGCUC